AUGAACAAGUUAAUGAAAUCGAAUAAUUACGACAAUCGUAACGUCGUCGGUAUGAAUUACAUAAGUGAGAAAACGGCGAGCUCCGGUAAAUCGUCAAUGGAAAUGUGUCAGGGAUGUCGUAAACCCAUAAGAGACAGGUACCUCCUCAAUUCGCUGGGUAGAAAUUGGCACGAAGACUGUUUGAAAUGCACGUGUUGCGAAGCGAGAUUGGGAGAAGUCGGAGCGAGCCUGUACACGAGAGCAAAUCUCAUUCUCUGCAAGAGAGAUUACCUGAGACUAUUUGGCAACACCGGAUAUUGUUCGGCAUGCAAGAAAAUAAUUCCGGCUUUCGAAAUGGUCAUGAGAGCGAAAACGAACGUUUAUCAUCUGGAAUGUUUUGCGUGUCAACUAUGCGGAUACAGGUUUUGCGUCGGCGACCGAUUUUACUUGUGCGACAAUAAAAUACUCUGCGAAUCGGAUUACAACGAAAGAAUAGGUUACGAAACCGGAAGAAUCACAACCGGAUACGAUAAUUCCAUAUCCGUAAGUUUUGUUUUUUUGUUUAUAAUCGAAUUCAAUGACGGCGUCGAUUUAGAGAAGGAGCAAAAAAAAAAAAAAAAAUUAAUUUUACAGGUUUCUUCGACAACCGAUUUACCCCCCUCGCAUUGUAAUUUAACCGGCGAUAAUUCAGAUUGCAACAAUAACGGAAACGGAAAAACGGACGGAAUUUUAUAG